AUGGCCAUAGAUAUACUAGAUAAUCCAUUAAAAGAGGAAAUAACGGAUUUGGACACCUUCUUAUCCCUGGACAACAAUGAUUUCACUAGACUACAGUUAACGAUAAAAAUGAUGAAAAUAAUUCAAAAAUAUCAAAAACAGUAUGGAGUUACAAUCGACAUUACAACGACUCCCAAUGAAUUUAUGGAAGAAACUGAUGAAGGUAAACAAAUCCAUGAAACAUUGACAGAAGGAAUUAAACCCGACGAGGUCACCAACAAAAAAAUUAAUCGAAUAAUUUGCGAUUGGCUAGCGGACAAUUACGGAGCAUAUAUUUCAGUCGUCCACAAACGGAAAAAAGUAAUGCUUGCAAAAUCAUUAGUUAAAACUUAUCCCAUUCUGGCCUCGAACGUUUCAGAUGUACCUUAUGCAGCGUGGUUUCAUAAAGGUGGACGAGGAGCAGGACGGCAUGCUGGUUCUAUUAUAGAAUGUAAACCCUUGCAAAAAGAUCCUGUAGUCGAGUGUUCUACCGAUCAAGACACGAUGAAUCGACUCCAUCUUCUUCAAAAAUAAUAACGAACGACGAUCGUGGAGAAAAUAUUGAUGAUUUGGUGUACGAGUUAGAAACUAUUGUUGCCUUGGAACAUUGUAUGAAAAACAUAAAAUAUUUAUGGAAAUAAACACUGGCUUACCGGCACGAAAAGCGCGCCAGAGGGAUUUUUUCCCAAUUUAUGACCGACUGUUCUGCGGCUUCAGCCUUCGGAGGAGAAUUGGUAUCUUUAGAAUUUGAAUUGAUGAAUCCUACUGCUGCUAAAUUCGAAGACAUGUGGAAUGCAAUCCAACAGAAAAAUUGGAAAAAUAUCGAAUAGAUUACAGUUUGAGACUUCAUUUCCG